CGAGUACCGCUGCCGAAGACUCCGUAUGGGCGCUCUAGAAGGUUGUUGAUCCCGGUUUCUGAUAACCUACCAUUGGUUGCGAUAAGCAUGCGGGCAGACGCCCAGUUUAUCGAUCGUCGGGAUCAAUUCCGUCUCACUCUGAACUCUCUACCUAACCCGGGAGUCCAACAACAUGUGGAAGAUGCAUGCGUCGUAGGUGACAUUGUCGUUCUUGGCUUCAAUAGCGGGCCCAGUCAGGUUACAUUUCUUCCUGUUACUGCGGAAGCUCCCCGUAGAAUUAAUUCGGGAGCUUUGCCGCAUGUCAGCUCUCCUCGGAUGUCAAAAUCUUCCGGGGAGGGUGUAAGAUGCCUCGCCGCAAUGAAUGCGGCAGCCGGUUCCGUUGAAUUUUUUACAGGCGGUCAUGACCGACGAAUUUUUAAGUGGAGCGUCGAUGCGCAAUGUCUAGAAGAGCCGACUGUCACCAAGAUUAAUGUGUUUCUAGAAUCUGGCGUGUCUGCCAUGGCUUAUCGCCACGACGACAACUCCCUCGUGUCCUCUGACAUGAAGAGACUAUAUGUUACGGACCUUACCCGAUCCCACACGCCUAGACCAGCCCAGGUCUCCAACUAUGUCAAUCAGAUACAUGUUCACCCCCAAAUACCACACUUGACGCUGCUGGAGAUGGCAAUAUUCGACCGCAGGAUGGGUGGCUUCGACAAAGCUCCAUGUUGCACAUUUGGAUAUCGCAAUACUAGCGCAAAAUUUGAGCAAUCAUACACGAGAGGCAGCAUCCACCAUACCUUUUUUGUGCGUGGCCAUCAAGACGGCACUGUGGUCCUCUGGGACUUCCGUAACGUCAAGAACAUUGUGACGAAGAGGCAAAGCCAACUUACUAAGUCGGUCGUGCAUACAGUGGUCUCGGAUGGCCGCGUAGCAACUUUUAGCGAUGGUGUGGUG